AUGGAACAAAGAUAUAAUGUGACUGAGUUCAUCUUCUUAGGGCUCACUCAGAGCCUUCGGGGCCAGAAAAUAUUAUUUGUUGUGUUCUUGCUCAUCUACAUUGUCACAAUGGUGGGCAACCUCCUCAUUGUCAUGACUGUGGCGAUGAGUCCUAUCCUGGAGGCCCCAAUGUACUUCUUUCUUGGCUACUUAUCAUUUAUGGAUGCUGCUUUGUCUACUGCAGUUACUCCAAAUAUGUUUAUAGACUUACUCUAUGAGAAGAAAACCAUUUCUUUCAAAGCUUGCAUGACCCAGCUCUUUAUAGAACACUUAUUUGGUGGUGCUGAGAUUUUACUUCUGGUGGUCAUGGCCUAUGACCGCUAUGUGGCUAUCUGUAAACCCCUGCAUUACAUGACUAUCAUGAGCCAAAGGGUGUGUGUUUUGCUGCUGCUAUUGACCUGGUUUGGAGGGUUUGUUCAUGCAGGAAUGCACCUUCUUUUUGUCUAUAACCUUCCCUUCUGUGGUCCCAAUGUUCUAGACCACUUUGGUUGUGACAUGUACCCUUUACUAAGACUUGCCUGUACUGACACCCAUGCCAUUGGCCUCACUGUGUUAGCUAAUGAUGGGGUAAUAUGUGUGGUCAUCUUUAUGCUGUUACUCAUCUCCUACGGAGUCAUUCUGAACUCCCUGAAGACUCUUAGUCAUGAAGGGAAGCACAAAGCUUUAUCUACCUGUGGCUCCCACAUCACUGUGGUGGUUCUCUUCUUUGUCCCCUGCAUUUUCGUGUAUGUGAGACCGCCUUCCACCUUGCCCAUUGAUAAGUAUUUGGCAGUGUUUUAUACUGUUUUCACCCCUAUGUUGAACCCCUUAAUCUAUACUCUAAGAAAUGCAGAGAUGAAAAAUGCCAUGAAGAAGCUUUGGACCAGAAAAAGAAAAUGA